AUGAUGGUUCCAUUGGUCCCAAGCAAGUUGCCCAGGCUCAAACCGAAUUACAAAAGGGACCUUAAUCCUGAAAGGUUCCCUCCGGCUGGCUCGGCGAUCGGAGGCGGCGACGAGGAGAUAAGCCCUCUGUUAUCGCAGGUUGAAAGGCCCAAAAUCAACAUUUUCACGGUUUCUUAUCCCCGGAGAAAACCUAGGGAAAAAUUGGAAGCAGCUAUGUUUUGUAUGAUGCCCAAAACUCCUCACUCUUUUGUGAAGAUUCUUGUGAUUGAGAUUUUUUGGAAGUGCACUCGGGCUGUUUGGAGUGAUUGUAGGAAUAAUCAUGUUAGUAUAAGCAAACAUGGCCGGCAAAGGCAGCGUGACACUUAUUCAGUUUAUUCGACUCGGUAUUCAUUCGAAUUGGUAUUCGAUUUGUGAUAUGGAUUUGUUGUGAUUUUGUUGAAA